AUAAUAAUCCAAUAAAAUGAUUCGUGUAUAUGUAGUUAGUAGUACUCGUAGGUAACUUGUGCGUUUUUCGACCGUGUAAAAUAUAUGAUAAAAUCAUAUUGAAAUGACUAUUAAAGAUAUUACGAAGAUGCUCACAAUACUCGUGAUUUUUUUAAUCUACGUUGGAACAGUCCACAGUAUUCGAUGUUACCAAUGCACCAGCACAAACAACACACAUCCUUUUCAAUGCAACGAGUUCCUCACGAAUGACAUUGACAUAGAGCCAGAGUCUUGCGAUGCCAUUUUCGGAGCACAAUACUGUGUAAAACACAUUGGCCGAUUUGAGGCCCUGGAAUGUUACCAAUGUACAUCCGCGGACGAAUGGCAAUGCUCGGAUGGUGAAUUAAUUAAAGAUUCUCUACAACCAAUAAACUGCAGUCACAUUUACAAAGCGCAUUAUUGCGUCAAAACCAUUGGACGAUAUGGAGGUGGAGUUGGUACAAAAAGAUUUUGCUCAACUUCGCACUUGGGAAAUUACUGCAACUAUGUGCUUCAGCCGGGAGAUAAACUAACAUAUCGAACGUGCAUCUACACCUGUAAUAGCGAUGGAUGCAAUUCUGUAUCUACUUUAAGGUCUACAGUCAGUGUUUCCAUUAUAUUACUUCUUUUACUCACCCUAUUUUAUAGAUGAAGAUUCAUCAUCGUUAAUAAAAACAAUCAUAUUCAUAUAUCAAAUUUUAUGACAUUAUAUUACUUAUAUUUUACUAUUUGGAAAAUGAGUAUAGUUUACAUAUAUAAAUAUUUUGGUUGUAUUAUCAAUAUUAUCAAUAUUUCGUGCAUGAUAAUUAUUCUGUUUCUUUAACAUUUAUUUGUCGACAAACUUUAAUUAAAUAAUCUAUGCAUUUUGAUACUUUACUUUUAAUAAAUGUAUAAUCUUAAACUCUAAUACGAGAAUAUUUUCUAAUACGAGUAAUCUGUAAAAUUUUCUUUGGCAUAUUAUUUUAUUUAACGAGUAAUACAACAAAUAUUAAGAACAUUUUAUUAUAGAGCAUACAUGACAUGUGUAUAUGUAUUUGUAUUUACUCUUUUUAUGUUAUUUAUCUGUUUUAAUGCACAAGUAAAAAAGUAGCAAGAUUAUAUGAAUAUUAUAUUGUUUGUCUAAUUUGUUUUAAUUUAUAUAUAUAAUAUAUAUAUAUAAUAAGAAUAUUACUUUGAACUUCUAAUUUUGUUUGUACAUUUGAAACUUGAUAUAAUUUUAUAUACGAAUUGGAAAAAUGUUCAAAAGAAAUGUUGGAAAUCCAUUAAUUUAAUACGCAAUUUGCAUAAAUCUUCAUAAUAAUGUACUUGAUAUCCACAUAUUUUAUAUAUGCAAUACAAAUUUGUAAAAAAAAAGAACUUACGCAUGCAAUUUCAUCUCAUUUUCAUGAACAUUUAAGAUUAUUUUGUUCUUAAAGCACGAAUAUAGCAGACUAUUUGGUUUCACAAUUUGCACGAAAUGUAUAAAAAGUUUAUAUAAAGGAUACUGAUGAAAUUCUUUGACUAAAAGGCA